AUGUUUGCACCUGUGACAGACGUACGUGUGCUCACCAGUGUCUCGGAUAUGACUGCCGACUCGGGAAGGGCCAGGAUCGUGGAGCACUCGAGGCAGGCCUCAUGUCAUGCGAAACAAGGCUUCUCCCAGCAACAUCGUGCAUCCGCAUCCGUGUCUAAAUUGCCUAGUAGUCAUGAGGCUGCUCACGAUGUACCCGUGGGCCCGUUCACACUUUGUCUCAUGCAGUACAUGUGGAAAGCCCGAGUCGUGUUCGAUCAAUCUGGUGCUGGUAGUGGCUGGUGCAAGGAGCGGUUGCCUCUGAUGAGUGACGAGAGUGUCAUGCCGGAGAUUUUGGUGAUUGUUCUGUUUCAAGCUAAAUGUAGGGUCGUUGUGUCCGCGCGGGAAGGUAUACCACGCAACGCGAAGGAGUUUGCUGGACUUGCAGUCGGUUCUAGAAACAACACCAAAUAG